AUAGGACAGAACAGAACAUCCUAAGGCACAGACAGCCGCGUAAAAAGGAGAGCACACACACACACACACACACACACACACACAUAAAGUACGUGUUGAAGAAGAGGUGUACUACUUGGAUAAUACUCAAGAUUGUAUCUCACAGUUGGAUAUCUUUUUUUCAAAGAGGAACUGCGUGCGAUCAACAACCGGUCAUGUCUGGAGAGGACAGCAAUAACACUGUGGGGGCUGAGAUGCAUACGGAUGACAGUGACUUGUCUGAGAGCAUCAAGGCGGUGACGAAGGAGAGUCACGUCAGGGCUGAGAAUACGGAGUUGAUGCGGAGCUACGUGAGGGGACAAGUGUCCUCAGCUCAGUACAAGCUGCUCCUGUGUUCGCUGUAUGAGAUCUACAAGGCGUUGGAGGAGGCGUUGGACAAGAACGCGUGCCACCCGGCCGUGAUGCCCAUCCACUUCCCCCAGGAGCUGGCCCGGCUGGGGACCCUGCAGAGGGACCUGGAGCACUUCUAUGGCCCCCGCUGGAGGGAGCAGGUCAUCGCACCCGCAGCCACGCUCAGAUAUGCAGCCCGGCUCAGAGAGAUUGGUGAAAAACACCCAGAGUACCUGGUGGCUCACGCCUACACCCGUUACCUUGGCGACCUGUCUGGAGGGCAGGUGCUGGGCCGCAUUACCCAGAAGUCCCUGGGCUUGAAGGACGGCGAGGGCGUCUCGUUCUUCUCCUUCCCGGCGGUGACGAGUCCCAGCCUCUUCAAGCAGCUGUACCGGAGUCGCAUGAACAGCAUCGAGCUGAGCCCUGCGCAGCGGGAGGGAGUCCUCCAGGAGGCGGUCACCGCCUUCGAGCUCAACAUCCAGGUGUUUGAUGACAUUCAGGGGAUGUUGAGCAUCUCACAGCCCGAGACAGACUUGAGACAGCGCCAUACGAAACACAGCCACUCCCAGCUCUUACAAGAUAACUCGAUGAAGGCCACCCCUCUGCAGAUGAGCUCCUCCUGGGUCUCUGCUGCCAACCCUCUCCUCAGGAUGCUGCUGGGCGUCUGUGUUGCUCUGGCUGUUGGCAUGGGCAUCUAUGCAUUUUAAACUAUACCCUACAGCAGGCGUGGGGAACCUAUGUCUCGAGGGCCGUUUGGCUUGGGGCCGUUUUAUCCCCCCCCCCCCCCCCCGAUAUAGUUUUAAUGUCAUGCAGAGUCACAUGAAAUAUGACAUAUUUUGUAAAGGAAACUUAGAAAAUACAUUUGCAAUACAAUUAAGUUAUAUUCAGGGGACCUAGAGAUGGUGGGGUCUGUUUUAAAGGUGGCUGCCUUCAAUAUAGGCCUAAAGUGUAGGGGGGAAAUCCUGGUUUGUGUUCAUAAUACGGCCCAUGGAGGACUUUUACGGUUCCCCACCCCUGCCCUACAGUAUAUGCAGGGUUGUAAAUUAAGUUUUUCCAUCACAUGCCAAAAUGGCUAGUGGAUGUUGUGUGGAUCUUACUAGCCAAGCACACACACAAAGUGGCUAGUAUGUUGGUGUUUUCGACCAGCCAAACUGAAAUUUCACCAGCCUUUGGCCAUUUGGCUGGUGUUAAUUUAGAGCCCAGCCUAUACAGUAUGUACCUUCUGCUCCGGAUACCACAUGCAAGUGGGGAGUGUCCGUCCAGAUCUGUCUAACUCUAACCUAACGUGUGAAGGCUAUUUUUUGAGUAUUUUUGACUUGACUUCUCAGUGUAACUGAGAGAUACUGUAGCACUUGUGUGUUCAUUGAUAAUCAAUGAUGAUGUAAAAUUCACUAUGAAGUAUUCUUUUUGAUGUAUGUCUGUCUAUCGAAAUUACGACACAGCAAAACAGAUCAUGUAGGCGUUGCCGUGGGAAUGCAUUCUACAGUACGUCCCACAGAACUGGUUACCUGGUUACCAGUCGACAUUUCAGAUAUAUACAAAUGUAUUACAGUAGCACCUUAAGGUGUCUCACGACUCAAAUUGUUUGUUUUAUACAUGUUUAUAUGUAAAUAUAAGAUUCUAACUGUAUGUGAAUACUGGAUAUUUUUUUGCUUUGACACUUUUAUAAUAAAAUCAAUGUUAACAUGGAAUGAAAUGUGAUUUGUUCAUCAGAGGAUUCAAAACCCAAAUGGUCUUUGGGUCAGUAAAAAGAAAAAAAAAGAUGCACACGAAACACCCUCCUGCAAUGCACAAUAAGACGUUUUAAUUACAUUAGCAAUAAUGACAAGAAUCAAUGUAACAAAACUGCAAAAAAAGAGAGAAAGUACCGAAUAUAUGAUACACCUUAGGACCUUCUUUUAAAUAAGAUUAAGAUAUCAAGUGUUUUGAGGAAAACAUCUUCAUAAUAAUUGGUCAAAAUAUUCAUCAGAUGUUUCUUCAUGUGUUAUUAUUUAAUGUUACAUAAUGGCAGCUUCUGAGUUUAAGGCACAUGCGUGUGUUGGAAGUGUAUACAAUCGGCAGCAGUGAUGCACAUCCUGGAUUCAGAAGCUGUACUAGGCCUACAACACAGUUGUGUUGGUAUUUUAAUAAAAAACAGGUCAUUUCGAAUACAGUACGUGGCACUGGAUUGUAGCUUCUGAACAUGGGUACCACUAGGGGGGUGGGGGGUGUGUUACAGACUCUAGGGGCCCAAGCACUGACAGCAUUGACAGGGGCCCUUGACUGAGGUGGCCCAAAAUUCGAAUCUUUCAUGGGGCCCAACAUUUCUGGAGACGCCCCUGCUUCUGAAUACCUUUUCUGGUCACCGACAGUAGGCUUCACUAAUAUCGAAUACAGAGCUGUUUAUAUUGUCCGUCAUUCACAACGACCACAGUACAAUCAACACCAGAGGCAAGCAGAGGUGUCAAAAAGUAAAAAUAAAACUUUUGUGGUGUAAUUACAACACUAGGACAUGGCAUUACAUAGCUGUUACGCCAUUUACUCCAUUGUAACUAAUGGGAUAUAUAGUCUGUGUUAUUACCGACAAACACUGAAAACCUAUGAAGGACCCAACACAAACUUGAUCCAACCAGGGCUCAGUUAGCUGACGAGUACACAGGCCUACUGUUUACUCAGAUAAGCUACUUCUGUGGGAAGGAAACUGUGUUUCUUUUUUUUACUUUUACUUUUGAGACCUCUGGAGGCAAGUACACUCUCCCACUGCUACUGCAUUUGCAAGUCUCUCAGGCAUCCCAACAAUGUGACUUAAAGACUAAUCCAGAUAAGUUAACCUCAUCAUUUAAAAAAAGGGACAGCUUCAUUCAGUGGUGUAGUCUACUUUUUUAUGGUGGGUAUACUGUAUAUUUGAGCAUUUUUUGAAGUGGGUAUACUGUAUAUAUUUGUGCUAUUCAAAAUAAUGGAUAAAUCAAUUUUAAGUGGGUAUACUGAAAUCCCUAAAAUUUUGAAGUGGGUAUACUCCGUAUAACCGCAUUCUACGUAGACUACACCACUGGCUUCAUUGAUCUACCAAAACAAAGACACAUCUCUCUUGUUUUACAUUUAAGGUUUCUUGUUUAGAGUAGAGGUUCUCAAACUGUUUUGGCACAGGGCUAAAGGAGCAGAGCAUUUCCCCUUCAUAUUCUAUUAGGGAUGCACCCAUAGCGAUACUGGUAUCGGUAUCGGCACCCGAUACUGCUCAUUAUACUCGUACUCGUACUCGUCAAGCACUUGCCGAUACCAGGAACGAUACUGCUAUUACACAAAACAAUGCAAAAUCUUGUCAAGUUCUGUGGACUUAGAAGCAGCAUGGAAAAAAAGUGCCACCUCAUACAUUUACUAAGACUUAAAUCUACAUGGAAAUGGACAAUAAAAAUAUCACAGGUGGAAAAAAAACAAGGCCAUGCAUUUAUUUUCAUUGUAUUUUGGUGGUAAAAGGUAUCGGUAUCGGUACUCGGUAUCGGCAAGUACACACAUUAAUGUACUCGUACUUGUAUCGGUUUUCAAAAAAGUGCUAUCGGUGCAUCCCUAUAUUCUAUUCACUUCUAUUCAUUUCACUUCAUAUUCGGGCC